UAAAAGUUGGAGACGCUUACUCAGACAAAACGCGUUUGAUAGCAUUCCAAAAGAAUGGUUCAUAUUUAAGUCUUCCUCCUCCUCCUCCUCCUCCUCCUUCUCGCUUCUUUUUAAAGGCCACCCUGGCAUCAGGUGCGCCACUCCAGACGGACAGGCAAGCAGACUCGCACAACUUUUCCUUUCCUUUUGCCAUGUCUUUGGGGGGUUUCUCGGUGCGGGACAUUCUGGACCUACCUGACGAAUCUGCCGGUUGCGGUGCCGAAGAUCAGGACGAGGUGCAGGAGGAGCUGUCACCGCACGCGCGUCCGGGCGCGACCUCGAAGGCGUCCGGCGCGGCUUCCCGCGGCCGUAAGCGUCGCGUCCUCUUCUCCAAGGCGCAGACGUGGGAACUGGAGCGUCGCUUCCGGCAGCAGCGCUACCUGUCGGCCGUCGAGAGGGAGCGGCUGGCCGGCCGCGUCCGGCUGACGCCCAACCAGGUGAAGAUCUGGUUCCAGAACCGCCGCUACAAGAUGAAGCGCGCGUGCAGGGCCCGGCGCGGCCUGCACGAGGCGAUGCGGCUGCACGCGCAGGCGAGCUGCCUCGCCUUCGCCUUCGGCCGGCUGCAGAGGAUGUGCCUGCAGCGGGCCUUCCCCGUGCACGCGUGCGUCCUCCGAGCCGACGCCAACUGGACCUGA